GUGAAUUCUAGCGUAAAGCAGACAAUGACAAAAGAGCAAAGGGGUGUUGCGAGAAUCGAACUCACGACCUCUCGCACCCGAAGCGAGAAUCAUACCACUAGACCAAACACCCGUCGGUUUAUCCACAUCUGAGCUAUCUUAUUUGAAAACGAACCAAAACCCUCUUCGCGUUUCCUCCCUGAAAAUUGAUUCGUCUUCUUUGUUGAACACAAAAUCGAACCUAGGGUUUUUACAAUUCUUCAUUCAUUUUCGUGGUCGGGCCUUGUAAUUCUCUGUCGAUUCCACAAGUUGUUCUCAACUAGCGGUCCCAGCAACUGGUCCAAUUCCCCAAGCAAUGGAUCAAUCCAGCAAUCAUGUUGUUGGAGUUGAUAAUACUUCUCGAAAAAAGUUCGACAGAGAAGAGAUUUUGCAGCGUGCUCGUGAACGCGAUGAAGAGGAGGCUGAUGGUCGGAAAUCAAAGUCAAAAGGACCUCCAGUGCAGAGGAAGCCCUUGAAACCAAGAGAUUAUCAAGUGGACCUCGAAUCUCGGUUAGGAAAGACUCAGGUGGUUACUCCAAUUGCACCAUUAAGUCAGCAGGCUGGAUACUAUUGCCCAGUAUGUGAAUGUGUAGUGAAGGAUUCUGCAAACUACUUGGACCAUAUCAACGGGAAGAAGCAUCAACGAGCUUUGGGUAUGUCUAUGCGGGUGGAGAGAUCCUCUCUAGAGCAGGUCCAACAACGAUUUGAAUCGCUUAAGAAGCGCAAAGAUCCAGGAAGCUUUACUGUGCAAGAUUUUGAUGAGCGAAUGUUGAAACAGCAGCAGGAAGAGGAAGAAAGGAAACGUUUACGUCGAGAAAAGAAGAAAGAGAAGAAGUGCUUACUCUAUCAAAGUUUUGUUGAUGGUUACUUUGAUGAUCUGUAUUGAUAUCCAGAAAGAGAAGGUCUCAGAAGAGGAACCUGAAAUAGACCCUGAUGUUGCAGCUAUGAUGGGAUUCGGAGGUUUCAAAACUUCAAAAAAGUGAUCGCCGUUGGCCAUGAAUCAAUUGCGAAGAUAGUUUAGUCUGGAGUAAUCUGCCAGAGGCUCGUAAUUUAGUUUGAAAAGGUCUAAAAUGUGAGAUAGAAAUUCCAUUUUGGUACACCAUAGUAGUUAGGCAGUUGAAUUUCGUCAAUCUCAUGUUUGAUAAGCUAGUCUCCAGAACUUUCUCAAUGAACUGAUUGUAACCAUGGCUUGGAGUGUAGCCUCUCCGAUUGUUCAUUGCUAAUUUAAGUCUCCAAAUCUUUCUGCAUCAUUGCUAGUUUGAAGAAUAUGGUCACGGUAUGAAAAUUUCUAAAAACUAGUAAUUUGAUGGGCAAUUGACGUUUUCUUCUU